CACCGUGGACAGGUGCGCUGCCACACUGCGCAUGCGCAGUCCUCCCGGCUCGGCAAGUUGGUGUUAAAAUGGCAGCGGCCGCAGCGGAGCAGGUAACGCGACCUGUUUAAUCUUCCCUCCCGGCAGCUUCACAGCAGCUCAGGCGGCGCUGGAGGAGUAAAAGCAGACCAGUGCGGGUUUCUUUGUCGGACCGUGUCAGUAGAAGUCGCUGAAGUGUGUGUGAGAGUGUGUGAGAGUGUGUUUGAGGUGAAGCAGGAACAGAACUGCAGAGAUGAGUGAAGUUGAAUGUGAACGGAAGUGAACUUUAUAUUUCACAUCAUCACUGCAGCCGCGCGCUGUUUAUGAGCGCGCAUUAGAGCGUUAUUAACGCCACGUGAUGCAGUUAUUCAGAGUGCACUUUUUCCUCCUGCUCUGAAGUUCAUGCCGGGUUUGUGUGUGUGUGUGUGUGUGUGUGUGUGUGUGUGUGUGUGUGAAGAGAAGCGCCGAGUCUGAGAGAGAGGGGAAGUGAGGAAGGUGCUGUCUGUCCAUCAUCUUCAUCUUCAUCAUCAUCAUCAUCAUCAUCAUCAUGGACAUGCACAUAAGAUGUGUACAAGUGUUAUAAAGCAACACAACACGGAAGAAGGGAUGGACACGAGGACAAACCCGGAUGGAAAAGCGUUUCACGCCGCUGAAAACGGCUCUGUCUUCGGACCCCACGCUCCAGAUCUCCUUCACGGUGUGUGUGUGAGCUCCACGCCGCUGUACUGCCGCUCCGCUUCCGGCUCAGCCUCGCUGCACAGCGCCCCCUGUGGCGAGGAGGAGCAGCACAGCGUGGACUCGCAGGACUCGGGCAUCCCGACACUGGAGCUCAGCUCACCCGAUGUGACAGAAGAGUCGCACAGCACCGAGCCGUUAAGUCUGAGACACCAAGACGCUCCGGCCACGCUGAAGCUAGAGACGAUAGGCGAGGGCGGAGCUUCGAGUCAGGUCAGGGGUAGAGCUUUGAGCUAUCGAGACUCCACCUCUGUGUGCAGCACCUCCAGUCUGAGCACGGACUUCUCGGCUACGCUGUCUCUCGGCAACGACGACAUCGCUGGUGACUUCGUGGUGACGUCGGACUCGAGUGCCGUCGUCGAUUUUCACGAUUUUAACAACUUCUCUCGGUUCCCCCAAACUCCGCCCAUAAAUAGCGUACACAGAGACCAUCCACUGCAGCACCAUGACGAGGUAGCAGCAAAGAAAGAGAGUCCGAUUGUGAACUUCUUCAACAGGAGUCUGUUCUCUAAGAAGGUGAGCGACGCUGGAGAUCCGAACGCUCACUCUGAGCCGAGCUGGAGGCUGUUUGGCAGAAGUUCACUCAGACAGACCCAAAGGGCUUUAAAGGAAAAUGAAAAGGCCGGUGGUUCUGUAUCUCCCAGACAAUGCGUGAGGAAACACCUGGAGUUUGAGCCUCUCUCCACCACCGCUCUCAUACUGGAACACCGACCUGCGAAUCUCCCAGCGAAGCCGGCAGAAGAAGCUCAGAAACACAAACAGCAGUAUGAAGAGAUGGUGGCUCAGGCCAAGAAGCGAGAGCUAAAGGAGGCUCAGAAGAAGAGGAGGCAGUUGGAGGAGAGAGUGCGAUUAGAGGAGAGUAUCGGCAACGCAGCGCUCACCUGGAGUCAAGAGAUCCUGCCAAACUGGCACAACGUGCGCAGCUCUAAGCGAGUGAGGGAUUUGUGGUGGCAGGGAAUCCCCCCGAGUGUGAGAGGACGAGUGUGGAGCCUCGCUAUAGGCAACGAGCUCAACAUCACACACGAGCUGUACGAUAUCUGUUUGGCGAGAGCGAAGGAGAAGUGGAGCGCUGCGCCUUCAUCAGUCACCACAACAGAAAACGACACAGGAGAUGCGGGUUCGUCUCAGGCCGAUCGCGAGGCGAGUUUAGAGCUGAUCAAGUUGGACAUUUCCAGAACUUUCCCCAGCCUCUGCAUAUUCCAGAAGGGAGGCCCUUAUCAUGAUGUGCUGCACAGCAUUCUGGGAGCUUACACCUGUUACCGGCCUGACGUGGGAUAUGUACAGGGGAUGUCGUUCAUUGCUGCAGUGUUGAUCUUGAACAUGAACACCGCCGAUGCCUUCAUCGCUUUUGCCAACCUGCUGAACAAACCAUGUCAGAUGGCUUUCUACAGAGUGGACCAUAGCCUUAUGCUGACGUACUUUGCUGCAUUUGAGGUGUUUUUUGAAGAAAACCUACCAAAGCUAUUUGCACAUUUCAAGUGUAACAACUUGACACCUGACAUUUAUCUCAUUGACUGGAUCUUCACCCUGUACAGUAAGUCUCUGCCACUGGACAUUGCGUGUCGUGUGUGGGACGUAUUUUGUCGAGACAGCGAGGAGUUUCUCUUCCGCACGGCUCUCGGGAUCCUGCGUUUCUAUGGCGACGUCCUCACGCACAUGGACUUCAUCCAUAUGGCGCAGUUCCUGACGCGGCUGCCGGAGCAGAUCUCCACACACACACAGUCGCACACACUCUUCUCCUGCAUCAGCAGCAUCAACAUGAGCUGCAGGAACAGGACAUGGACACAGGUGCUCCAGGCUCUGCAGAAAGAGACGGAACAUUCCAGUCCCGUGCUGAAACAUUGAUGAAUUACACACUCGCAUGGAGGCUAGAAUAGAGUGUGUGUGUGUAUGUGUGUGUGUGUGUAUGUGUGUGUGUGUGUAUGUGUGUGUUGAAGCUAAACCCUAAGACUCAGGACCUCUGUUUGUGUAAUUCAGACUCCUGGAAAUGAACAUUUUUUCGGGAAUGAAGAACGAAUGCAUCAGCAUGCAGUAUACAAACACACACACACACACACACACACACACAGCUGGGAUUCGGACACAGCCAGCCAAACGUCUGCUGAUGUUUCCUGAACCUCUGUGUCAGGCGCCAGAGGUGAGAAAGAGCUCUGUGAUUGGCUGCUCCGGAGAAGAGAACCAACCAAUUGACCAAUCAGAGCGUUGGAACGGUAGCUAGGUUAGUUUAUGUGAUGAAAACCACAUACUACUGCACUAAAUAGUAAGUUACAAUAGUAAUAGGCACUAUAGGUACUUUUUAUUUUAAAGAGAGAGUUAUUUCCUACCAUGCAUUGCACCUACGUGGCUGGUUGGCACUAACGUCAGAUCUACUAGUCUACUCCAGUCUACUAUGGACAGAAAAAGUCAAAUCUGCUGUCAUCCCUCUGUUCAUCCAUCUCUUAAUUUUUUGUGUUCUGUAUGUAUACACUAAAGGGUCAAAAGUAUGUGCACCCCUGACCAUCACCCCCAUAUGUGGUUCUUCCCCAAAGUUGGAAACACACACUUGUAUAGAAUGUCUUUGUAUGUUGUAGCAUUACAGUUUCUCUUCACUGGAACUAAGAGACUCAAACCUGUUCCAGCAUGACGAUGCCCCUGUGCACAAAGCGAGCUCCAUGAAGACAUGGUGUGUGAAGGUUGGAGUGGAAGAACUCGAGUGUCCUGCACAGAGCCCUGACCUCAACCCCACUGAACACCUUUGGGAUGAACUGGAACACCGACUGAACCCCAGACCUCCUCGACAUCCCAACAUCAGCACCUGACCUCACUAAUGCUCUUGUAGCUGAAUGAACACAAAUCCCCACAGCCACGCUCCAACAUCUAGUGGAAAGCUUCCCAGAAGAGUGGAGCUCAUUAUAACAGCAAACACAGGGGGAAUAAAUCUGGAAUGAGAUUCAACAAGCACAUACGAGUGUGAUAGUCAGGGGUGCACAAACUUUUGACCGUAUAAUGUAUCUCUUAAAUUCUCUCAUUUUCAUGCUUCUGCUUUUCAUCUGAAUUCAUCUUUGUUGAUUUUUAUGUUUGUACACUGUUGUGCUGCUUUAAAAAAAACAGUGUUUGGUUUGGAUUUUUUUUUCCCCUGUGUUUGUUUUGUUCAUUAUAUUAUUUGGCUGGUUAUUAAUAUAGUUAAGAUUAUGUCCUGUUUUUAUUUAAUGCUGAAGCUGUCUGAAGGAAUCUGAAUCUGCACUUUUCUCCCACAACACCAAAGUGUCCUCUGAAGCUCUGGGACAAAAAAAAAAAAAAAAAACAAGAAGCUUUGUGGACUCUAAACAGAUAAAAACUAAAGAAAAGGCUAAAACUGCACAAAAUUCUGUUCAAUUAAUGAUCAUGUCAUGAAUGGUUAUGAGUAAUUAUAAACAUUUGUGAAUUUCUUUGGUGUCACUGAUUCUCUGAACUCUGUUUCUACAGAACUUGCAAGCUAAGCUUGUGGUAAAGCUUUUUUUUUUUAUCACAUUUUCUUCCGGUCUACCAACACCCCCUUUCUCACGUUAUAUCUCUCUCUAUGUUUAAGGGUCAGCUGUUUUCUGUUACAUGGCUAUAUUCUUAUAAAGCCCUUAGCUCCUAGAGAAAGAAUGUGUUCUUGUAAGAGAAUUAAAGACUUGAACUCUAGGAAAAACGCCUGUCUAAACUAGAGCGAAGCAUGUUUUCUCUCCUCACUGUGUUUAAUUUCACGAAUACAACCCAAGACAAAGAUUGUGAUAAAAGAUUUAAAUACUAACGCCUGAGUGUGCAGCCUACACUGGGAUUGAGUGUUUUCUGCAUUUACAGACCCGAUUCACUGUGAAAGGACUUUUUGUGUCAAAUCAGGCAUGUGAAAUCUGAUAAAAACGCUACACGUGUGUCUGGUCUAAAAAUAACGUGUUCAACUCAAAUCGCACCGCCCAACUCUAUAUGUAUUCACUUGCUAGAAGCUUUUAUCCAAACUACUUAUGAGUAAGACAGAAUCUAACUCCAUAUUUUUUAAAAACUAUCCAAUCUUAUUGCAGAAAAUAGAAUGAGGGUAGAGCUGUUAAUGCAGAAGCUGAACAUCUGCACUAUGGUCCCCCCCCCAGCCACCAGUGUUUUCCUGUUUGGUUGCAUUACAACCUGGAAUUAAAAUGGAUUUCUAUUUGGAUUUUAUGUAAUGGACCUAAUACAAUAGUCCAAAUUGUUGAAGUGGAAUGAAAAAAUACCUUGUUUAAAAAAAAAAUUUAAAAGUUGUCAGCAUUCACCCCAUUUGCUAUGAACCGGCUAAAUAAGAUCUGGUCCAACCAAUUAACUUCAGAAUUCACAUAAUUAGUUGAUUAAGGUCCACUUGUGUGCAAUCAAAGUGUCACAUGAUCUGUCACAUGAUGUCAGUAUAAAUACACCUGUUGUGAACAGUCCCUGAGUCUGCAACACCACUAAGCAAGCAACAUGAAGCCCAAGGAGCUCUCCAAACAGGUCAGAGGCAGAGCUGUGGAGAAGUAUAGACUAGGUUUGGGUUAUAAAAAAAAAAAUCCCAAACUUUGAACAUCCCAACAAAGCACCAUUAAAUCCAUUAUAACAAAACAAAGAAUAUGGCACCUCUGACCACCUGACAAGAGAAGGCCGCUCACCAAAAUUCACAGACUCACGGGCAAGAAGGGCAUUAAUCAGAUUCAACAAAGACCCCAAAGAUAACACUGUAGGAGUUGCAAAGAUCCACAGCAGAGAUGGGAGUAUCUGGCCAUAGUUCACUUCCCACAAUGAAGCAAGGUGAUGGCAGCAUCAUGCUGUGGGAAUGUGUUUCAUUGGGAGGGACUGGAAAACUGGUUAGGAUUAGAGGAAAGAUGGCACUAAAUACAGGGCAAUUCUUGAGGAAAACCUGUUUCAGUCUGAAGAUUGCUGUAUCCCCACACAACCAAUCUAACUUGAAGGAGCAGUUUUGCUUUGAAGAAUGGGCAAAAUCCCAGUGGCUAGAUGUGCUAAGCUAAUAGAAAGAUAGCCCAAGCGGCUCUACAAUGUAUUGACUUGGGGAGGAGGGGUGAAUACUUAUGCACACUCAAGAUUGCUGUUUGUUUUGUCUUUGUGUCACAAUAAAAGAUUUUUUGCAAUUUCAAA